AACACCUGACAUGCAAAAGAAAAGAGUCUCUCACAUUGGUGUCUAAUAUUGUGAGAAAUGUAGAUGCCUGAGAUUUAAGGUCUUGCAGACAUGUUCAUGAAUGUUUCUGGAAAGUAGUGGUAGGCAUCACUGGUAUAGAUCAUGAAAGGCAAGUGACAUUUUCUAAGAACUUUAAAUCUGGAGGCUUGGACUUACGCAAGUAUAUGCAUGAAAAUAGGUGGUUGAGCAGUUCUCUAGUGUAGCUAUAUAAAAGAGUGCUACUCAGCAAUAGUCAUUGUCAAAGACAUAAUUGGCCCCCUGAAGCUGUAACAGUCAUAUAGGUAAUGGGCCUUUCUAUACACUGUGCACUAUUGUGACAUCUCACUAGCUCCUACUGAUUACAAAGCUAUCAUGGCCCAGAAACCUACCAAGGCUGAUGACAGGACCAUGUCCAGGUUUCUCACAAGCAACAAUACAAAGAGCAAAACACAAACAAUAACUUCAGCACCUAAAAGACCUCAUUCGGAGGUGGCAAACUCCAGUGCAGAAGAAUUACAAAUGCUCAUGCAUGAGCUGUCUGAAAUAAAAAAUGAGAUUAAAGAAACUAUUAGAAAAGAGGAUUUGGAAAUUACAGUAACAAGGGUGGUUGAAAGACUUCUUAAUAACAUGGUAUCAGAAAUGGAUGCAAAAUUUAUGCAGAAAUUCGACUGUCUAAAAAUGGAAUCUGAGACCCGUGCUGCAAAACUGCAAGAUCAGGUGGAUAGUCUUCAGAUGGAAAAUGAGCAGUUGAAAGAAGUCAUGAGAAAGAAAGACCAAGAAAUGAAAAAAAUGAAUGAACUGCUAAAACAAAAUGAUUACUACAGUAAAGAAACCAUGCGCUCUUGCAAUCAUAAUGAACAGUACUCAAGGAAAACUAAUAUAAGGGCCUUGAACAUAAUAGAAAAAAAGGAGGAAAACCUGAGAGAAAUCUUUAUUGAUAUGCUGCAAAAAGAAGCCAAACUGAAUAUUGAGCCUACUGAUAUCCAGGCAAUACAUCGCAUACCCGGUAAACAAGGAUCCCCAAGACCAGUGAUCAUAAAACUUAGAAACACAGAUAUCAAGAGAACAAUCAUGCGGAAAAAGAGAGAACUGAAAUCUGGUGCACGUCUGUAUGAUGACAUAACAUUAAAAAACUUAACUCUCUUGAACAAACUAAAACAACAUGAGCACGUUGAAAGUGCAUGGUUCUUUAACUGCAAUGUAUACUGCCAGUUAAAAAAUGGAAACAGAAUAAAGGUACACAUGUAGAUCCCAAUUGUUACUACUUCUCAUGCUUUACGAUUAAUAGAGAAAUAAUCAUAAGGUUCUUCUUAUCUUCCAAUAAACCUUGUUUUUGGGAAGGAGAAUAACCCACAUAAUGCUUUCACUGGUAUGUACAGAAUAUCCUUUACAUAGACCAAUAAAGAUAAGGUGAGUGCUGAUCCCUAACAUUCAAAUAUUAAUGUUGUAAAAAUAUUUUUUGAAUUGGUGCUCAUCCAUAACAUUAUGCAAAAUAUUAUCAAUGUUACAAUUUGAUAUUCUGUGGGAUCAUUAGGUACCUCAAUUUUCAGAACAUGCUGCAAGUACUGAUACUCGAAAUGUGUGGGAUGAUUGUAUUUAUGUUAUCUUACUUUGUUUUUUGUUUUACGAACAAAAUUUUUGUCUAUGUGAGUGUGUGUCAUGUGUAUGAAUGUGUGAUGUAUGCAAACCUCAUAGGUGAGAGCAUCCUGAUCAAGCAAUGUUUAGGGUCAAAUGACAUGUGGGUUAAUGUAUGUAUGGGGUUGUAUGUUUGUGAAGUGAUGCAUAAUUGGAGCACUACACCAGAUAUGAAUGAAUAUAUUAUCAUGAUAUCUGCAUGUAUAACUGUGAUGUGGACUUGCUUACUCUACAAAAUAUUUUACACCGAUAUAAUGAGCCAUAUAUUCCAUAGAUAUACACAAUCUAUGGAUGUCAUCUGCGUACUGGAUUACUUGAAAGUAUUAUAAUUCACAAAAUUGUUAUUUAAUCUAUGAGUUUGCAUAUCGUUAGUUUGAAUUGUAGGGGUCUUGGAGGUACUCAAAAGAGAAGAGACGUCCUGAACUAUUUGAAACAACAGAAAUACUCAAUAUAUUGUAUCCAAGAUACCCACUUUACAGAUAGGGACAAAUCAAAAGUACAUUCCUUGUGGGGAUAUAAAACCCUUCUGAGCCCUGGCAAAUCAAAUUCAAGAGGUACGGCAAUCCUUUUCAACAAUAACUUUGAAUUUAAAAUAAUGAGAACGUUGUUCGGAAAAGAUG